AUGAAUAAGGACCCAGAUCUACGACAAAGCAUGCAACAGUCUAUCAAAGUAGUGAGUCUUAUCAAUAAAUCUACCCGAGCCACCCAAGAACUAAUUUGGAUCUGCGAAACGGCAAAUGUUUCACAUUUGCAACGCCAGAGUCAGCAUCCUUUCGAACCCUCAGAACCGCAGCAUUAUCCAUCGGCAACGCAACGAUUUCCCAAACCGUCAACCGGGAAACGUGUGAAACUGAAACCAUCCGUUCUGGAUGCCAGUUCUAGCGUUCCUCCCAGUGACUACAACAACUACUAUUCGGCUCAACAGCCGAAAUCCAAACCUAAACCCCUCGACUAUCAGAAGCAGCUGCUGAACAAUCACGACGGCCCCGCGGGGAUACUGAAAAACAAUAACAAUUACAGUAGCAACGGCAGCUACUCCAAACGGCGUCCAUUAAUUUACGAAUUAAAGCAGUAUGAGUACUUCAACAACGCUACCCGAAACAGUAACACCAUACAACCGACCAGCGCCAAAAACACCAACAGCGUGCUACAGCAGCACUACAGUGGCCAGAACUAUAACAUCAACUACAAUUUGAAUUUUACGAAAAAUCAAUACAACAUACUGAUAUCGCCUCCAACGACAACGACAACGCCCGGCUUGGUACCUGGUGCAGUGCCAUCAUACGACGAAAACAAUCAUUUCGACAGCCACUAUCAGUACCAUCAUCAGAACAACGGUAGAAACUACAAGAAUAACAAAAUCAGUGCCGACCAUCAUCGUUACAACAACUACAAUCAGUAUCUCAACCAUCAGGAACAGCAGCAGCACCACUCGACCAAGUCCUUUUAUCUGGACGAAAAGCCGCCAUUCGGGGUGGGAGAUAUCACAUUACCGAUGGACGGUGGUGGCAAGAUGCAACGGGAGGAGAUUAUCAUCGAACACAGUCAGCUGGUUGGAGACGGAAGUGGACCAGGCGCUGUCAUACUUCCGCCCGGUGGUCCUGCUGGACAGGACCCGCGCGCGGGACAGCAGCCACUAUUACACGGCGGCAAAGGUGGUGGCAAGCUAACGGCCAUCAACCGGUCGCAUCAUUUUACGCAGGUAUGUACAUAA